AUGGGUUCUCUCUAUACUCCGCCAGCUUGCGUGGCUUUCGUUACAGUCACCUUCGCAUCACCUUUUACUCGAUCCGCUGCUCGAGCCGCAACGAGCGGAUAUGAGUUCCGCGUUGUCCGCGCUGUGCUGUCGCGCCAGGAGCCGAGGGAAAGCUCGGUGCGCGUAGAGCCUCCGCGCGCGCGCGUUCCUCCGCUCAUCGCGCGUGGGGCUCCGCGCGCGCCUUACCCCGCCAGGCGUGUUACGCAGCCGCCCCGCGGCCCGCGCUCGCAGCCCGCGAGAGCCGCGCUGCAGGCGGGGUCGACCUCUACUAGUAGCGCGGGGAGCGAAGGCAGUGUGACUGUAACGGGCGGCGCGGAGGAGCAGCUGAGCGCGUCGGCGGCGGUGCGGACGUUGGGAGCGGCGGAAUCGGAGCAGUCGGAGCGGUUCGAGUGGAGCCGCGCGUGGUACGCGGUGGGCGUGGCGGCGGACAUGGACGCGAGUCGCCCGCACGCGCUCACAGUGGUGGGCCGCCCCCUCGUGCUCUGGCGGGACGCCUCUCUCUCCUGGCGCUGCUUCCUCGACCAGUGCCCGCACCGCUUAGUUCCACUCUCCGAGGGCCGCAUAGACGCAGAGGGGCGGCUAGCAUGUUCGUACCACGGGUGGGCGUUUGCAGGCAGUGGUGCGUGCCAGCUCAUCCCCCAGGCCGCCCCGGAGCUCCCCGGCCAGCCACCCCGCGCCCUCGCCUCCCCCCGCGCCUGCGCCACUGCCUUCCCCGUGAAGGAGAUGCAUGGAGUGCUGUUCGUGUGGCCCGAUAAGCACUCAGCACACCAGGCUGAGUCAACCCCUCUCCCCCUCCCAAACGGAGUAGACUUUAACGAGUACACAGUGUUCCCCGCGUACUCGCGCGUGCUGCCGUACGGGUUUGAGUUCCUGGGGGAGAACCUGGCGGACCCGUCGCACUUCCCCUUCGCGCACCAUGGAGUGGGGACGACCACGAGGGAGCAGGGCGGGCCCAUGAAGGCGAUUGCUGUCGCUGAGUCGGGCGCAGCUGGCUUCCACGGCCCGUUCCACAUGGAGAGCUCCGAGCUGCCCUCCGACUUCGCCUUCCAAGCGCCUCAGCUCGUCGUCUACACCUACUACCUCAAGCAGCAGCAGCCGAAGUUCCCCUUCUUCAAGAGCAAGGCGGAGGCAGCAGCAGCACCUCCAAACGCGUUCAAGCUGUGUCUAUACAUGACGCCCAGUGCACCCGGCAGCAGCAUCGUGGUGAGCCUGCAGAUGCUGAGGCGCGGCGACGGCAAGAAGAUGGGCUUCCCCCUGCCGCCCUGGUCUGUGCACCUCCGCCAGCACCAGAUCUACGAUGGCGAUGCCUAUUUCCUGCACUGCCAGGAGCGAACCUUGCAGCACCGGGAGCAGCAGCAGCAGCAGCAGCAGCAGCAGCAGCAGGGCGCGCAAGGAGAGAGCAAGGAAGGGGAGUCAGAGCAAGGAGCAGGGAGCGGGAGGGGCAGCGGGUGGAGGGCGUUUUACAUGCCCACUUCCUCGGACCUCUUUGUCGUUGCCUUCAGGCAGUGGCUCGCCAAGUAUGCCGGUGGAGCCGUGGCAUACCCGCCUGCCUUCUCAGGCGUGUCCCUGCCCCCCCAGCCGGCACCCAAGGAGGUGGUGUUGGACCGAAUGGCCUCCCACACGGCACACUGCACCUCCUGCUCCUCCGCCCUCGCCACCCUGCAGCGCGCGCACCUGCUGCUGCCCGCUCUCUCCCUGCUUGCCGCUGCUGCUGCUGCCGCCUCCACCUCCCUGCGUGCUCGUGUGCCUCUUGCUCUGCUCGCCGUGGCAGCUGCUUUGGCUGCCUGGAAGGCGCAGGAAUUUGCCAAGGAGUUUGAGUAUACUGGGUGGGACCAUGCGAGAAAGGACUGA